ACAACCACUUAGGACCACCAAGCUAAACAUCCGAGCCACAAAAGAAGACAUCAAUUCCCAGCUCUAUCCCACGCUUCCACCUAUGGGGCAACUGGACUUUAACUUCGUACCCGUACCUUAAAAAAAACCAACUAAAAGAAAAAACAAAAGCAAGCGGACCCACUUCAAUCUGACGACCCAAAACACUCAAAAAAAUAAAAUCCAAUGGCGUACCUUGACUUGUAGAACAAAAGACGCGAAAACACGGAGCCGCUCGUGCCCAGAGUUUGGAAGAUAUUCGCCUCGACAACCACAAACCCUUCCCGGACCCCACAAAUCACUAAAAAAUCCCCACCGUUCAAUCAGCAAAACCCCUUAACUUAACCGCAGUUUCCUUUUAACUUAACCACUUAACCACACCCCCUCCUUUUGCCCUCUUAUACACCUUCACCGCUCCCUAAAGCUCACUUCUUCCCCUCACUUAAAACUAAUCCUCUCUUGCUUUAUCACCAAGAAAAAUAUCACCAUUUUAUUUGAUCAUCACGAAAAGCAUCAAGAUCAGUGAGUAAUUAUAUCAGACGGUGGAUAUGAGCUGCAAUGGUUGCCGAGUGCUGCGAAAGGGGUGCAGCGAGACAUGCGUAUUGAGGUCGUGUCUGCAUUGGAUCCCCACCCCUGAAGCCCAAGGCAACGCUACCCUGUUUCUAGCUAAGUUUUUUGGCCGCAGUGAUCUCAUCUCUCUCAUCUCCGCCGUUCCCGAGUCCCAACGCCCUGUUUUGUUUCAAUCGCUGUUAUUCGAGGCGUGCGGGAGAACAGUGAAUCCGGUGAACGGAGCGGUGGGGCUAUUGUGGAGCGGUAACUGGCACUUGUGUCAGGCGGCUGUCGAGUCAGUGCUUUCUGGUGAAACCUUACGGCCGUUACCUGGAAUUCUCACCGGAGUCUUAGCGCAGAAUUGUGAUGAAUCAUCUGACAGUUUCUCUGCGGCUGCGUACGCCGUGCAUAGCAUGACGUGGAAUCAAUCAAAACCGUUUGAUAAGGAGAAUAAUAAUCAAGUGGUGUCUGAUCAUCAUGUGAAUCUGUGUCUCGCUAGAGGAAGUGGUGGAAGAGAUAAGAGAGGAAGAGAUGCGGUGUCGUUUUAUACAGGAGGAGAAUCGGAGACCACAAGCUUUGAAAGCAGUGGGGCUGAUAAGAAAAAACUUUUGAACCUGUUUGUUUGAAUAAAUAAUAAAAUGAAGACACAGAGUAAAGGUUUUGUUGUAACCUCUUUUUUUCCUCUAUAAAUAUAAUGCCGGAAUUUUAAUCCGGUGCGUUUUUGGCUGGAUAUGGACAUUUUUCCGGUGUAACUUUGUUUUAGUUUUUUUUAAUUAUUAUUAUUGUUUUAGUUAAAUUAUCGG